CCGCUCCGGCCCCCUUCGGCCCGCACGACAGUCCUGUGAGCCUGUUGGAAGCUAAAGCGACCAAAGAAGCUGAAAGAACACUCAAGUAGGGAAUUAGUGCAAGAGGAGGAAGAACAGUUGAUGGAAGAAAGGAAAAAGAGGAAAGAGGACAAGAAGAAGAGAGAAGCUGCUCAAAAGAAGGCCACUGAACAGAAAAACAAAGUGCCAGAACCACCCAAGCCUGUUGUAAGCCCCUCUCUGCCCAUCGCCGCUAUCCCCGGCGCUCCCACAGCAGCCAGCAGCAGCAGCAGCAGCAGUAAUAAUAGCAACAAUAAUGCCAGACGGCCUGCAGGCAGCCACCCACAGCAAGCUCCACAGCAGCCUUCUCCCCGCUACCCACCUCGCGAAGUACCACCCCGAUUUCGGCACCAGGAGCAGAAGCAACUUUUGAAGCGGGGGCAGCCGCUGCCAGGGCUUGCAGUGAAUCUGGGGGCGGCAUCUAAACCGCAGAACAGCCCGUCAGGAGGAAGUUCAGCUCCAGGCGAGCAGCCAGCUGCUGUCGGAGAAGAGUGGAGUAGCAGCCAGAAACAACCAGGCAUGCCUCCCAUUCGGGACCUGGUCAGCCACUCUCCCAGCCAAUCAGAUCUGAACCGUAGCACACUAGGACCCCAUUAUGAGAAUGCUAACUGGGUAGCCAUCUCUUCCAGUAGUGAUUCCAGCACAAAUUGGGAUAAAGUCCUUGUAGAGGGCUCCGAUAAGGAGGCAUGGCCCUUGAUUCCCGGCAGUGACGCGGAGCUGGCUGCGGAAUGUGUGGACACUGACUCUGCCUCGAGCUCCGGGUCAGAGAGGAACCUCACACUCAUGGCUUCAAGAGGCCCAGGCAUGGAUAUCGGCAGUGUGCCGGGCAGCAUGGGGCGUAGCUCUCCAGCCAAGUUCGGCAGCGGUAACAACAGCAAUAACGUGAGCAGCGGCAGCAUGAGCAGGCCGUGGGGUGUGGCACCCAGCACCACGGCGAGCACCUGUCCCCUUUCUGCGGAUGCUUCAAAGGGCAUAUUGGAAAGUAGCAACGGUAGAAUGAACACUAGGGGCGCCCUCCAUCCUUCGUCCAGUGGAGGAUUAAAUCCCCGCACUUUGCAUCCUAGUGGCAGCCGUGGUGCCUGGCCCAUGUUGGAGAGCAGCGGGGCCCCCUUGAAAGGGCCCGAAGGCAGCCAGGGGCCGAGCGAUCCCAACGGGAGCGCUAACCUUGGCUCCUGGGGAAGCCUCCCGGAGAGCAACUGUGAUUCCCCAGAAAAUGGUACCAGGAAGAUUUCGUGGAGCGGGCAACCUCAGAACCUUAACCCAGAAAUGAAUGGACCAAAUAGUCACACUACUAACUUGAUGACCUCUAGUUUACCAAACUCCGCUGGCUCUGUGCAGGUGAACGAGCCAGCUGGCGGCAACACGGGGCCCGGGGCCUGGUGUGUGAGUGGCAGGAGCUCUCUGCCUCUGCCCCAGACCUCGCCGGCCAUCAGCAGCCCUUCCAUUUCCCACCUGAGCAAUGGCGAAACAACAAGGGGCAGCACUGCCUGGGUGGGCACCUAUGGCUCCACUUACUCCGGAGACCAAUGCUCAGACGCCAGCAGCCAAGCCAACAGCGACACUGUGAAUGCAACUCCAAUGCAGCCUGGUCUCAGCAGGGCCAGCGGCACAAACUUUGAAACCCGUGCGGAUAAAGGAGCGGGGGGAGGGGCGGGAGCAGGGACAGCCGGCGCCCCCGGCCUGCCUUGGGGGGGCGGGGGUGGGGCAGGCUCGGGAGGCAGCAGGAGAGGCUGGUGUGGCCCUGUUCAAAGUACUGGCUUAGCGGACGGGGAGUGGAGCAAACUGCCAAGCAGUCAUCCCUCUGAGAACGGCAGUGGGGGCGCUAAGAAGUUUAGGGGCUUGUGGCAGUCUGCCAAGGAGGAGGAUGUGAGUGUGGAGGGGCAGAGUUCUGCAGACUCUCUGGUCUCGGAGCAGCACAGCAGAUGGGCCAAGGCCAGUCCUGGGGGCAGCGAAGCAGACCCCAGCAGCCCCAAGGACAGAGUGUUGGCAGAAGGUGCCAGUCAUGAGAGAAGGAAAGCUGACCAGUAUGCGCUACUCCAAAGCAUAGUGAACAGAACGGGCCUCGACCCACGGGUCCUUUCUAACUCUGGCUGGGGACAGACGCCAAUCAAACAGAACGCUUCCUGGGAUACAGCAGUGUCCCCACAAGGGCAGAGAAAGGCUGACAAUGGCACUGAGGCCUGGGAAGGCUGUAGCUCAGGAGGAGACGUGGAGAGGCCCAGCCUCAAUGGCACUGCUGGCUUUUCAGGGUCAGGUUGGGGUGAGCCAAAGUCUGCAACAAAAUGGGGAGAUUCCAAAGUCUCCAGCAGCCAGGGGGGCUGGGAGCGACCAGCUGCUUCUGCACUGGCCAAAGGCAAUCAAUCGUGGGUGGGUGGCAAAGACGACAAGUCCUCCUCAUCCCCUUGGAGUGAUGCAGAGAAGUUCAAACCAGGAUGGGGAGAAGGGCAGAAGGCAAACUCUGGGUGGGCGGGCUCAGUUGUUGACAGCUGGGGAGAGAACUUGAGGAGCAAUCAUUGGAGCGAGGUGGAAAAGUCCAGUUCUGGCAGUAGCGACAGUGACAGGUCCACGCCUGGUGCUACUCACUGGGGAGGGAGCCGAGCCAACCCAACUUCCUCUUCAGGACGAGGGGAGCCUGCCAAACUAAGCCAAAGCCAGGGCUGGGGGGAGCCUUCCAAGCCAAAUCGCUCUCAGAGCUGGGAGGCAGCGAAGCCACCGGGCUCACCUGAUUGGAACAAACAACAAGAUGUUGGGACCUGGGGGGUGCAGCCGACCCUAAGCAAGACGCCGGGCCUGGGAUGGCUGGGUGGGCCGAUGCCUGCACCAGCCAAGGAAGAAGAGCCCACUGGGUGGGAGGAGCCAUCCCCUGAAUCAAUUCGCCGUAAAAUGGAAAUUGACGACGGGACUUCUGCUUGGGGGGACCCAAGCAGGUACAACUACAAGAAUGUGAAUAUGUGGAACAAGAACACUCCAAGGGGGGGCGACUCUUUGGAGCAGCAAGCACAUGGCCCUCAGCAGCGAUUGCCUUCCCAUGCGGAGCUGGGCGCUGGCCCAGAAAACAGCAGCAGUGGCUCUGGUUGGGGAGAGCCCCCUCCUGCACCCAGUAUGGUAGACAAUGGCACAUCAGCGUGGGGCAAGCCUGUCGAUACGGGUACAAGCUGGGCAGAGUCCAUCAGUGAUGCAGGGAGCGCUGGGAGCUGGGGGAGCGUAUCUGUUAGUCAACCGGCUCCUAAUAAAGCUGGGCCCAAGUCUAUGCAAGUUCCAGAUGGCUGGUGUGGGGGCGACAUGCCGUUGACGGGGAAUCACCAAACCAGCUGGGAGGAAACGGAGGAUGUUGAGAUCGGAAUGUGGAACAGCAACUCAUCCCAAGAUGCCAGCGCAUCUCUGAAUUGGCUGCCAUAUGCAAAGAGAUUGCCUUCCAAGGGAACAAUAAAAAAUGGAAAUAAGCAAGAUGAAACAUGGAUAAAUCCAUUUGUUAAGCAAUUUGCCAAUCUCGGCUUUUCUAGAGAAUCACCCGAAGAACUUAUGCACAGCAAUAAGAUGGACGUGUCUGGAGGAGUCUUGCCAGACAAACGAAUGGAGAUGGAGAAGCACAGCCUGGCCGCUGGCGAUUACAGCCGAGUGGUGGGGAAAGUUCCUUGCUCCCGUCCUCAGAUUGCCAAAGAGUCUUCCGUGGAUCGAAGUCCUUACUUGGAUAAGGAUGGCCUUCUUGUAGCAGAUGAUCCUCCAAACAUGCAGUUUAUGUCCAGUCAGAACAUGAAGCCUCCCCUGCCACACAGUGCACUACCUAAUCAGGCCCUCGGCUCCCUCACCGGGCUGGGCAUGCAAAACUUGAAUUCUGUUCGACAGAAUGGCCACGCUAGCACCUUUGGGAACCCCGCUGCACAGUCCCGCGGUCUGCCACCACCGGCAGCACAGCCUCCGAACUCCUCUCAGCCUAGUCCACGUGCUCAAGUGCCUCCACCCUUGCUCUCCCCUCAGGCUCCGGUCUCCCUGCUGAAGUAUGCACCAAACAACGGGGGGCUGAACCCACUCUUCAGCCCACAGCAGGUAGCCAUGUUGAACCAACUCUCCCAGUUAAACCAGCUUUCCCAGAUCUCCCAGUUACAACGCUUCCUGGCCCAGCAGAGGAAGGUCCAGACUCAGAGAAACGCGCCUGUUGGUGGCCGUCAGCAGGAGCAGCAGAACCGCUCCCUGGGCCUGCAGCAGCCAUGCCAGUUGGAUCCCGGCUUGUUCCUGAAGCAGCAGCAGCAGCAGCAGCAGCUCCAGCCACCUGCCUUGAAGUCUUUCCUGGAGAGCGAGCUGCAAAAAGGGUCGGCGCAGAGCAGUCCCUUCAGCAGCAGCUUCCCUCUUGCAGGACUGAACUCCAACUUGAAUGUAAACGUGGAUGUGAGCAGUAUUAAAGAGCCACAGUCCCGGCUAAGGAAAUGGACGACUGUGGAUAGCAUUUCUGCUAAUACGUCUCUGGAUCAAAAUGUCAGCAAAAAUGGUGCUAUUUCGAGUGGCUUCAGGCUGGAGGAAACCCCCUUUGUCCCGUAUGACUUCCUGAAUAGCAGUAAUUCGCCAGCCAGUCCUCCGGGCUCGAUUGGGGAUGGUUGGCCACGUGCCAAAUCGCCUAAUGGUUCUAGCAGUGUCAAUUGGCCACCAGAGUUCCGGCCUGGUGAGCCCUGGAAAGGUUAUCCAAACAUCGACCCUGAAACUGACCCCUACAUCACUCCCGGCAGCGUCACAAACAAUCUGUCCAUUCACACUGUGCGGGAGGCUGACCACCUCAGGGACAGGAGCACUGGGUCAUCCUCAUCUCUGAACACCGUGCUGCCUUCGACUAGUGCCUGGUCAUCCGUUCGUGCCUCCAACUACAAUGUUUCCCUCAGCAGUACAGCACAAAGCACUUCAGCCAGAAACAGUGACUCCAAAUCCACGUGGUCCCCUGCUUCCAUGACCAACACCUCUCUGGCUCAUGAGCUGUGGAAGGUUCCUUUGCCCCCCAAGGGCAUCUCUGCCCCGCCACGCCCGCCACCGGGGCUAACCGGGCAGAAGCUGCCUUUGUCCACCUGGGACAACUCCCUGCGACUGGGGGCCAGCUGGAGCAAUCCCGAGGUCAGAUACACCCCUGGUUCCCACUGGGCUGAUAACAGCUCAGGGAGAGUAACCAGCUGCUGUCUCAUCCUGAAAAAUCUGACGCCACAGAUUGACGGAUCCACUCUGCGGACGUUGUGCAUGCAGCACGGGCCUCUGAUCACGUUCCACCUGAACCUCCCCCACGGCAACGCCUUGGUCCGCUACAGUUCGAAGGAAGAGGCGGUGAAGGCGCAGAAGUCCCUUCACAUGUGUGUCUUGGGGAACACUACAAUCCUUGCCGAGUUUGCCAGCGAAGAGGAGAUCAGCCGCUUCUUUGCACAAGGCCAGUCUCUGACCCCCUCCCCAACCUGGCAAGCCCUGGGCACCAGCCAGAGCCGGCUGGCGCCCAUGGAUGGCUCCCAUGCUUUCCCCAGCCGCAGCGACCUGAGCAAUCACUGGAAUGGUGCAGGGCUGCCAGGAGCCAGUAGUGGGGAGCUCCCUGCCACCUCCCUCUGGGGGAGCACUAACUAUUCCUCCAGCCUCUGGGGGGGCUCCCUGGGCAGCAGCGACAGCCAGGGCGUGGGCAGCCCCUCUCCACUCAAUGCAUUCCUCUCUGUGGACCACCUGGGGGCAGGGGGGAGUCCAUGUAACCCUCUUUCCUCCUUCAGCGAAUGAAACUGUGACCUCAGAAGCUGCAAGGAAGCAGCACUGAAUUUGGACUCAACCCGCCCCCCCCCCCCCAAUCCCAGACCACCUGUCUCUUCAGGGGUCACCUGUGGAAACAGUUACUUUUGUGCACAUUUUCCCAAUUUUGUGUUACCCUCAAACAUGCCAGUUGGAAUACUUGAAUCAUGCAGGCCAAUUCUAUAAUGUGAAAAAAGUUAUGGAUGGAGACUCCCAGCUAGUGCUUUUGGCAGUUUCACAAGCCUCCCCAGAGUCAGCUUGCUUUGCGUGUACGUGUGUCUGUCGUGUGGUUUUCCUUUGAAUUGGUUCCAUUUGUGCUGUUUGCUGAUCAUACUCGUGUUUGAGCCGUUGUCGCUCUGCACAGACUCGGCCUGCUUCCUGCCUGGCAAUAUUGUGAUGAGGCAGCGGCUGUUUGCAUGCAGCAUUUCCUGGCUGCUGAUGUCAGGGCCAGGGGGUUGCUCCACAGUGCCUGGAAGCCCGCCCAGCCACAAUCAAGUACCUGACCAAGGACGAGGAGGAUGGGCAAAGCCAGGAUGCAGCCAAGACUUGGAACCCAGCCUGGUGCCCCUGGCAGGUUCUGCACUUUCAAUAGGCUUCUGGGGUUUUUUAUUUUCUGUGGGGGUAGGGAAGGGGCUCCUGUGUUGGGGGCACUGCCUUGUUUACAGAAAUUGUGGUGGGUUUUUUUGAGAAACAAUGUUUACUCUUCCUUCCCUUUAAAAAAUAUUUUUUAAAAAUGACACCAACAGAAGCAGGGCUGAUCGAGAUGCUUCUUUCUCUCUGGGAAUCCCGAGCAGUUCGUGGUGGCCAUGUUGUGUGCGUGUGUGCGUAGCCUCUCCUCGCUUCCUGAUUCACAGAGCGUGGCUCUCAGGAAAACCAAGGUCCCAGUCCAACUCCUAUAGUUCCUUAUAGGAAAAGAACAUUUAGCACUGAUCUUACGAUUUGCUCAGUAAAACUUUCUUCUGCCAAAAAUUGCUUCAAAUCACUCAACCUGUCCUGCUUUCCAAUGCUGGGGGGUGGGUGGGGGGUGGGUGGGCUUGGCCUCUGACAUUCUUGAUUCCUUCCCCACCUUUGCAAGUUUGUUCAGUGUUUAACCUUAAAGCCGAAUUGAGUAACUAUGCAGACUAUAACAAAGGUCCUGGGCUUACAGAAUUGUGUUGUAUAAAAUUUUAAAUGUCGAAACGGUUCUUGAAACUAUUUUUCUUGUGAAAGUGUUAAAAUCGUCCUCUCCCCUCCCAUUUCUUUUGCCACAAAUGGUAUUCUAUUACUUGUUGCUUGUUUAGCUGGGAAGGCAAAAGAAAGACUAAACAAGGAUAAAAAUUUUAAUUGUACUGAAAGACUCAUUUCAUUGCCUUGAUUCUUAGCUGUUGUGUCUGAAGAUGCUAAAGAAGUCAGUGGCUUUUUAACUGUUUACAAACAGGGGCGAUUGUGAAAUGUACAGUUGGGCUGUGUUUGGAAGUAUGAAGUUUCUCCAGCUAUUAAUAAAUCAUGAUACUUUGGGCUGCUUACCAUAGAAUUGUGUGACUGUGACUUCCUUCUCCCCCUCCCUUCCCAUUGCUGUUGUAUGUGUCUUGUUGGGUUUUACACACAGACAACGAAGGCUUGCAGUUCUGCCUGUCCCCACUUUUGGGGUAGCUCAGAUCACAGAAGGACACUUGUAAAGAGAGAGAAGCAGGUGGGGGGAAAAGUGAUGCUUUCUUGUUACUUGAGACUCAGUUAUGUACAAGAAACCCUGGCUGCUCUAGGGCCAGGGCUCACUUGGAACUAGUCCCCUUUUUCUUUCUGGUAGCUGCCUGCACCCAACUCCCAGGAUUUGGCCUCUCCCUGUUGGAGCCAGGUGCUGGGCUCCACCAGGGCUUGUCUGAAAUGGGUGUUCCAGCCACAGCUGCCCUUAGGAGUCCCACCAGAAGAGUUUCCUGAGGGCUGGUCCUCAGACUUUGCCUCACUCCCCCUCCUCAAGCUGGGCACUCCGUCUCUGAGUUUGCGAUGCGGACAUAAAAUGUGGCUGGUUUUGGACACGAAGCCUGGGGGUAAGGAUUCAGGCUGUCCAGCUUCACUCCAGAUUGGUGUGGCAAUAGGAGUCAAGUUGCAAGCC